GAUGAGCACGCAGUCUCUCCGUCCAGAAUUAUUUCACUAGCUUAGCUAAGCUAAGGCUAGCUAAGCUAGCCACGUAGAAGUUUGAUUUCAAUGUUGCUUUGAAAACGGCUGUUUAUCGUCCGUAAUUGAUUAAAACGAGGAUACAACAACAAUGCUGCGAAAGCUGUCGAUGUUUGAUCAACUAUUAAUAACGUUGACGAAUUAAGCUAGCUAGCUUAGCUAAGUAACGCACGCAUGCUCCAUUCAUUUUUCCAGCGCGGCGAGAAACCAAAAUGCUAAAUGGCUAAGCGUAAAUAGUUGCUGGACUUACGCUGAACUAACCAACACACGCAAAGUGAGCUUUUGAAUAUGCACAUCUCGUGCUGAGCCUACGUAUGAAUGUUUUUAGGAAUUAAGGCCAUAAUAGUGCAGGGGUAAGAGUCGGUAAAUUUGUUGGUCAACUUGAUUCAUCGCAAAUGAAGGCAUCGUUAGCAUACAAGCAAUGUGUUUUUCCGUUAGCAUGGAGCUCGACUCAAUGCUAAUCUACUUGUUUUGUAGGCAGGUAACUCGUACCGCAGAGGCACUAUUAUGUUUGUAAAUGAAUGCAUUGUGUGCAAGCAGUUUAAAAGUUCAGUAAGGACACAUUUUUCAAAUGGAAAACCAGAGCCAUCUCGGUGACCAAAGAGCCCAGUUCUGUACGGACGACCAGGUUGCAGUAAUGGACUCCGGUGUGAUUGAAGGAGGGCUCAAUGUCACCCUUACCAUUAGGCUGCUCAUGCAUGGCAAGGAGGUCGGAAGUAUAAUCGGAAAGAAAGGUGAAUCUGUGAAGAAGAUGAGAGAAGAGAGCGGUGCUCGCAUCAACAUCUCUGAGGGCAAUUGUCCGGAGAGGAUCAUUACUUUGGCAGGUCCAACCACCGCCAUCUUCAAAGGAUUCUCCAUGAUCAUUGAAAAGCUGGAGGAGGAUAUAAGCAGCUCAAUGACAAACAGCACAGCAACCAGCAAGCCCCCCGUGACCCUACGCAUUGUGGUGCCCGCCAGCCAGUGUGGCUCCCUCAUCGGGAAAGGUGGCUGCAAGAUCAAGGAAAUUCGAGAAUCAACUGGUGCUCAGGUACAAGUGGCAGGUGACAUGCUCCCCAACUCCACAGAGCGAGCCAUCACCAUUGCUGGUACCCCCCAGUCGAUAAUUGAGUGUGUGAAGCAGAUCUGUGUGGUCAUGCUUGAGUCUCCCCCUAAGGGGGUCACUAUCCCCUACCGACCCAAGCCUUCAGGUUCCCCCGUCAUCUUCGCAGGCGGACAGGCAUACGCUGUACAAGGACAGCAUGCGAUUCCACAGCCAGAUUCUUCCUCUGCUGCUAUCUCUCCACAGCUCACAAAGCUUCACCAGCUGGCCAUGCAGCAGAGCCCCUUCCCCAUCGCACCAAGCAACCAGGGAUUCACUGGGAUGGAUGCUUCUGCUCAGAACAGUUCCCAUGAAAUGACCAUUCCAAAUGAUCUCAUCGGGUGCAUCAUCGGCCGCCAGGGAGCCAAGAUCAACGAGAUCAGGCAAAUGUCGGGCGCCCAGAUCAAGAUUGCGAAUCCAGUGGAUGGAUCGACCGACCGCCAGGUCACCAUCACCGGCGCGCCUGCCAGCAUCAGUCUGGCAGAGUACCUCAUCAACGCCAGUGUAGAGUCCUCUAAACCUCCUCCCUCCUCCUUGAACCCUGAACAGACCAGCCUGUGCUCCCCCUCCACCUCUACUACUGCUACCACCACUACUACUACUACUACCACCACCUCCUCUGCUGCUAUCUCUUCCUCCUCCUCUUCCUCCUGUGUGGUGCCCCCCUCAGCCUCCAUCCCUCUGUCCUUGUUGGCUCCAGGGCCGCCUCCUCCCUCCUCUUCCUCCUCCUCUUCCUCCUCCACUGAUUCCCUGCUCCCCAGCUCUCCUGCCUGUGUGUCCAGCCUCCUCAGUCUCAAGCCCCUCCCUCUCCUGGCCCUCCAUGUUGUCAGUGGGGGCAGUAACGCCGCGCACUCGAUACCCGCUGAGCCCAAAAUUACCCCGGAGCUGAGCUCCAAGUCUAAAAGGCGAAGGCUUUCCCCUUACUAACAAAGGAAACGCAAGUCAUCACUACUAAAGUACUGACAAUGCUCUCUGUUGUCUGUACUCUCACUUGCUUUUGUAUCUGGCCGUGCCACGCUUACUUCAGAAAACAAACGCACAGUGUUAAACAGCCGGACAGAUUUAUAAAAUGGGUAUCUGUAGCUUGGUUUGGCCUGUCUCUUAAGGAUACGUUGCGUGCAUUAUAUUUUUUAAUUGCUUUUAACCUAGCAUGGACAGUGAAUUAAUUCACUAAUUUUACUGAAGCAUUUCUCUCUUUGUAAGCUCUGCUCAGGUAGCGGCUCUCCUUAAGAUGUCACAUUGUAUUUAUGGGGAUAGUUUUCUUGUAGUGAAUUUUAAAUGAAUAUUGCUGGCUGUUAUAAGGUCGGAGUAUAUGUAUCAUGAUGCUUUUAUUUUAGCCAUACUUCUGCCAAUGUAAGAGGUGAUUGAAAUUUCAAACUCCAAGUAAAUCUGCCCUCAGGUAUCAACAGCACCAAAUCACCCUUUUUUGAGAUGAUUCUGUUUUGUAAAACCUCCAAUCGAUUGAGCUUAGUUUGAAAGGAAUAGUUUGACUAAAAUACUUAUUUUCAUCUUGUAUCUAGAGGUAGAUGAUAAGAUGAAUAUCCCUUUCAUGUCUGUAAUUUAAAUGCGUAUCAAUGGCCAGCUUCACAGAACUUGUCCAAAGGACAAGCCCCUCAAAACAGCACAUUUAGGUUAACUGAUUUAUGACUAUUUCAUGGUCAGAAGCAGUGACUUCCUGAAGUGUCGGCUGGUAACUUAACAAUAAAGAUUUUGACUUUAGGAAGCUA